AUGGCGGGCGGGGAUGGGACGCUGCGCCGCCUGCUGAGGCUGCACCGCACCGAGAUCGCGGUGGCGGUAGACAGCGCCUUCCCGCUGCUGCACGCUCUGGCCGACCACGACGUGGUCCCAGAGGACAAGUUCCAGGAGACACUCCGGCUGAAGGAGAAGGAGGGCUGCCCCCAGGCCUUCCAUGCCCUGCUGUCCUGGCUCCUGACCCGGGAUAGUGGGGCCAUCCUGGACUUCUGGAGGGUUCUCUUUAAGGACUACAAUCUGGAACGCUACAGCCGCCUGCAUACCAUCCUGGAGGGCUUCCCAAAAGAUGUGGACCUCAGCCAGCCCCGGAAGGGAAGGAAACCCCUUGCUGGUCCCAAGGUCUCAGUACUACCACCCAGACACCCCACCAAGAGAAAAGCCCUAGAGGAGCCUCGGGCUACCCCACCAGCAACCCUGACCCCAAAGAGCUCUUCCAGCCCAGGCUCCCACCCAAAGACCAAGCCCCCUAAGAAGCCAGAGGGCAACUUGGAGUCACAGCGCCUCCCACUGGGGAAUGGAAUCCAGGCCAUGUCGGCUUCUGUCCAGAGAGCUGUGACUGUGUCCUCCGGGGAUGUCCCAGGAACCCGAGGGGCCGUGGAAGGAAUCCUUAUCCAGCAGGUGUUUGAGUCAGGAGGAUCCAAGAAGUGCAUCCAGGUUGGGGGUGAGUUUUACACCCCUAGCAAGUUUGAAGACCCCAGUAGCAAUGCAAAGAAUAAGACCCGUGGUGGUAGCAGCCUAAAGCCGGUGGUCCGAGCCAAGGGAGCCCAGGUCACUAUUCCCGGUAGAGAUGAACAGAGAAUGGGCCAGCAGUGUGGGGUCCCUGCCCUUCCAGCCCUUCCCAGUGAGCCCCAGGUUCACCAGAAGAAUGAGGAUGAAUGUGCUGUGUGCCACGACGGAGGUGAGCUCAUCUGCUGUGAUGGCUGUCCCAGGGCCUUCCACCUGGCUUGCCUGUCCCCUCCUCUGCGGGAGAUCCCCAGCGGCCUCUGGAGGUGCUCCUGCUGCCUCCAGGGCAGAGUCCAGAAGAACCUGUCCCAGCCUGAAGAGUCCAGGCCCCUGGAGCCACCUGCAGAGACCCCGAUCCUCCUGGGACUGAGGUCAGCUUCAGAGGGGACCAGGGGCCUGUCCAGGGAGCUCCCAGCCAGCUCAGAGGCUGCCAUCACAUAUGUGAACCUGCUGGCCCCACCUUCUGCGGCCCCCCUGCCUCUGCUGGAACCUUCAGCACUACGCCCUCUGCUAAGUGCUGGGACUGAGGGGCAGCAGGGUGCGGCCCCAGGCGCACGGUGUGGUGUGUGCGGGGAUGGCGCGGACACGCUGCGGUGCGCACACUGUGCUGCGGCCUUCCACUGGUGCUGCCACUUCCCGAUGGCCGAAGCCCGGCCAGGGACGAAGCCCCGCUGCAAGUCCUGCUCUGCAGACCCGACUCCCACUCCUGGUGAGGCAGCGCCAACUUCUGCGCGCCUGGCCCCUGCGCUUGCCAAGGCGGGGGACGACUCCGCUGGUCAUGAGUCUGUUCUACAAAGGGAUGAUCUGGAGUCCCUCCUGAAUGAGCACUCCUUCGACGGCAUCCUGCAGUGGGCCAUCCAGAGCAUGUCACGGCCACUGGCCGAGACACCACCCUUCUCUUCCUGA